GGCCCGUAUAUGGGUCACGUAAAUAUCCAGUCUAACUUUGUCGAGUAUAAAAGCAAGCGUUUCGGGCUGUUAAUAGUUAUAGUUUGAUUGAUUAUCCCACAACCAACAAAACUAAGCAUUCACCAUGAAGUACCUGUUCGUCUGCGUCAGCCUUGCUCUCUUCGCCUACAUCAACGCCAAUCCCUCGUACGGUGGCAACCGUGGUGGCUACGGCGGUGGAUACGGCAACGAUCGUGUGGAGUAUGAGCAGAUCCUGGUGCCAUCUUAUGGUCGCAGCCGUGGCGGCUAUGGCGGUUAUGAUCGUCCUCAGAUCCUGCGAUCGGCUCCCUCUGGUUCCCGUGCCUCGGCUGCUGCCGCCUCCGCCGCUGCUGCCGUCGCUCCUGGCAGCUACAGCCAGUAUGCCAUUCCCCGUUACGAGAUUGACGGAAGCUACAAUGGUCCCAGCCAUGGACUCGGUGGCUACGGACGUGGCGGCCGCGGCGGCUACUAAUUUCCUGAACUCCAACACGAAACGAACACCUCAGACUUUGAUCUUUGAUCAAGUGGCAGCAACAGCAAUGCUCUGAGAAGAGGAAAAUAAAAACUUCUUCAACCAAA